AUGAUAUCUUGUAAAGGGAAUCGAAUAUUGUCGCCACUCGUCUCAAGAUAUCACUAUUUAUCUCCAUGUACAUCGACGAGCAGCAUUGGGUGUACGAGGUACGCUUCGUUACCAAGAGCGAAACCACAUGAAGAUGAGCUUUUAAAAGGAAACGAAACAAUUCCCCUAAAACCAAAUCCCUUCCCAACAAAUACAAUAAAUCUGGAACGGAAAGCAAGGACGCGGAAAAAUGCAGACACAGGACUUUUCUUGCCAGAAACAGAAGUAAACCUAUCUGCUUGGCACAAAAUGGAACCGCGAGGACUUAUCUCUUCAUAUUUACAAUUAUCAAAGUCCAAGCUCACCAUGCUCAUCACAAGCACGGCAGCUGCAGGGUAUCUUGUGGGGACAGGACCAAUAUCCGUCCCAGCAUUGUUGGCCUGUUCAGCGGGUACAGCUCUACUAUCAGCAGCAGCAAAUGCUUGUAAUCAACUCUUGGAGGCGCCGUAUGAUGCCCAAAUGAAACGAACACAAUCGAGAGUUCUUGUAGUUCACAGAUUUUCUCCUCUUCAUGCACUCACAUUUGCUGGUGUUACAAGUGCAGUAGGGUGUGGGCUGCUUUACAGUGUUUGUAACCCGAUUACCGCCUACCUAGGGGCAGUGAACUUUUUGUUAUACGCUGGUGUUUACACGCCGCUGAAGAGGAUGCAUAUUGGAUGUACAUGGGCCGGUGCUUUGGUAGGAGCGAUUCCUCCGCUAAUGGGUUAUGCGGCUGCUUCUGGAACCUUAGAUAUGGCCUCUUUAUGUUUGGCCGGUAUUCUAUUUUCUUGGCAAUUUCCACACUUUAAUGGAUUGUCUUGGAAUUUGAGGCCCGACUAUAGUAAGGCAGGAUACCGAGUGAUGUGCGUGACGAAUGAGCGCCUUUGUCGAGUGACCUCAUUGCGACAUUCUUUGGCUCUUGUUGGAUUGUGUUCGAUAGCUGCUCCUCUCACUGGAUUGACAACAGUCUCUUUUGCGAUUGAUUCAUUGCCGAUUAACGCUUUGCUGGUAUAUUUAUCAUACAAGUUCUAUAAAGCGCCGGAUUCGAAAAACUCGAGAAAGCUUUUCUUUUUUUCAUUGCUUUACCUACCGGUGAUAAUGCUUUUGAUGGUGAUUGGCAGUAUGUCUUCACCGGGAUGGAGCACCUCACCUCAAGCACAUCCACCGAAUUUCCCACAACCGCUGAAUGGAGGAAGAUUUUAUUCGAAAGAGUACUCUCAAUAUGAAGAACUAACAUCAGGAUUUGUUCAAGGUUUUGAGGAGCCUGAUUAUGAGCCCCGGCCAUCCCAGUUCAAAUUUCAACCGUCAACUACCGAAUUCUCGCGAGAUUCAAGCUCAGGCAAUCGAAUGCGGCCGACAGUGUGGAACGAGAAGGAUGUGCGAUUACAGAAUGGAACCUAUCCAACUUCUGACUCACAGAUACAAGAGACGGACAUUCUUGGCGAUGAGACAUCUUCGGGGGAAGAAGAGGAAAAAGCAAUGAAGCACCGACCUCAAUUACAUACAGUUUCUGAUGACGUUGUCGCAUCAUCUAGUGAAGAGGCAGAAAGCGACGACCCGGAAGUGUUGGAGCAAAUCGAGCGAGAAAGGAUUAUCGAAAUGUAUGAAAAGGGACCUGAGAAUCCGAGGAUCGAUGACUGGGAGAACCCCGAUUGGGAUGUGUACAGAAAGACAGAUCGUCACGGUUUUAUACACAAAGAAGGCCUAUCGGAAGCUGAUCGUGCUAAAAGUGAAAAAGAACGAAUAGAAACAGAAAUCAAACGCGAGAAAAAAUGGCUUUCGAUGUUAUCACAAUGGGACGCGAAACGCCCGGUGAAAAAGUUAAAUGAACGAGUGUGGAAAGGAGUGCCUCUCAAGCUACGGAUACGAGUAUGGCCUAAGUUACUUGGAAUUGAGGAGCUGAAAGCCCAAAACAGAGGAGACGAUAUUUACGUCAAACUAGUGGACAGAGCCCGAUUAAUAUCUAAGGACAUCAAACAAAUUGACCUAGACAUCAAUCGAACAUAUCGAGACAAUCAGACGUUUCGCAGACGAUAUGAUAUCAAGCAAAGAUCUUUGUUAAACGUACUGGCUGCUUAUUCGAUGUACAACACGGAGAUCGGUUAUUGUCAGGGAAUGUCCCAAAUCGUUGCUCUUUUCCUGAUGUUUCUUGAUGAAGAAGAGGCUUUCUGGUGUCUUCACGCUUUAAUGAUUUCCGAAAGGCAUUCAAUGCAUGGUUUCUUUGUGCCCGGCUUUCCAAAACUUCAACGAUUUGAAGAGCACUUUCAGAAAAUUCUCAAAAAGUAUAAACCAAAAGUGUACAAACAAUUUGAAAAGGAGGGAAUUCCCUACAUCUAUUUAACAAAAUGGUGGUUCGGGUGUUUCUUGGAUCGGGUACCUUUUCCGCUUGCUCUGAGACUUUGGGAUGUUUUUCUUUAUGAGGGUGACACGAUACUGAUGGCUAUGGCUAUUAACAUUAUGAAAAUGCAUGAAAGAACAAUACGGAAGUUAACUUUGGAGACGUUUAUGGAGUUUAUUCAGUCAACGAUGGCCGAGGAUUUUCAAUUUCCAGAUGAUGAGGUGAUGAAAUCGUUGCGAGAAGUGCUGACAAAAUUGAUUAGUGAUCGUACACAACGCCCUCCACCACCAGGCCCCGGAGCAUUACCCGAGAGACCGACAAAGGCUUUUGGUCCAGUGCUAGCUCGUUCACUGAAAGAAAUCCAGGAUCAAGUGUCGGAAUUGCGGAGUCGAUCAAGUCGAGCUAAUUCCGUUGCAACUGGCCGAACUCCGCAAAGUCGGCGCAGGAAUGACCGAAAUUAUCAAUUACCCGCAACUCCGUUAAAGAAAGAUCUUAAUACAGGGCCUAGUCCGAUAAACGAGACAGCCAUUCCGAGCCAUCAAGUGCCUUUCCAGGAUGAACACUCGGGCAAAAUGGUGUUUGUGGUACGCGGUGGGGACAAUGAUGAGUCGCCGACUGCCGAUGCCGAAGUGAAAACACCGAAAAGGAUACCCCAAUUGCCUUCCGCUGAGCCACCGGGUGUCACCCAUUCGGCCAAUCAUAUCACCUAUGUGACGAUCGGUGAUGACGAGGAUGCGGAUCAGUGGAUAAGUCGUGUA